AUGGGCACCAAGGAACUGAGGGAGAGGAUGGCGGCGUGCCCCGAGGUCGUCGUCGCCCUGUCUAGGGGGCUAGCGGAGGGUCGGGCGCGCUUGGUGGCGGACAACCUGUGCGUGUACGCGAGCACCAAGCGGACCGCCGAGAGCACCUUGGCGCAGCUGGAGAGGUUGCUGGGCCGGCGGCCCGACCAGGUGGAAUGGGCGAUGCCCCUCAUCAGCU